AUGGCCCUUGGGUCGGGCUUGGAGCAAACAUUCUCGCGGCUAGUGGUGUCCUUCUCUAUCUGGGGUCUCGCUGUAAUUAUGCCCAUAAUCAGCCCCUAUACCAAGUAUUCUGGCAUGAUCAACAGGGCCACACCCUAUGUCUACCCAGUGCCUGUACGAGAUAAUGGGAACAUGCCGGAUGUGCCCAGCCACCCCCAGGACCCUCAGGGCCCAAAUCUGGAAUGGCUGAAGAACCUGUGGAUACUCCUGCUGAUGGAAGAGGCCCCCUUCCCUGUUGCCCCCCAAUAAAAAUGUGAAAACCAACCAA